AUGACCGUUACGUCCCCAGUUGAGGCGUUCCGUCAAAGUCGCCGAUCUGUUGAGCCGGAACUUCUCAACCCAUUGACGGAAUAUCCCACAAUUAUUGAUACUGACGGAUCAACUAUUUGUGAACAACAAUUUUACCGUCUUCGCACAGCAAUUAUAGAGCGCAGCGAUACAGUGACACUAGAAAAAUACUUGCAAUCAGCACCUUGGGCAGUCAAGAGUGGUCAUGCUCUUGGAAUGUAUUAUGAUCCAUUCAUUGUGGCAGCUAGACAUGGAAGUCUCGAUGCGCUCAAAAUGCUCCUGUAUCACUACUCUAAGUUUAUCAAGCCUGAUGGUAGAACAAACCUUGAUGGUCGUUACUGUCGAGUCUUGAACACAGCAGCUCAUUCUGGCCAUCUCGAAGUGGUCAAGCUUCUGCUCGAUCAUCCGCUUCUUCAAGCUGAUAUCCACCAUAACUAUAAUGGAUAUACUCCAAUUAUGGUCGCUUCCGAUGCUUGUUAUUGUAAAGAUAAUCUUGAGAAAAAGGAGGCCGUCAUCAAUUUCUUGCUUGAUCGAGGUGCUCGCGCCUCCGAUACAGAAUACACGUGGGGCUCCUCUCUCGACCCUAGGACUGGCGAGUAUACGAAGAAACAGGUGCCGAUCCUGACGACCUUGAACUUUGCUGCAGAGUGGGCAGGGGCCGAUUUGAUCCGGCGGCUCAUUGAAAAUGGCGCUGAUCCCCACGUCAAAUGGAGGAUAAAGAAUUCCCAGUUCGCACUGAUGUGA